AUGGGCGACAUUGUGGCUGAUGGUGGCAUUACUGAGUUGCUCGCUGAACUUUGUACCAUUGACACUAUUGCUGAUGCAGGCAUUGUUGAGGUUUCCGUUGAACUUUGUUGUGGAGAUAUUGCUGCUGACGAUGGCAUAAUUGAACUGCUCACUGAGGUUUGUGCCGGUGUUACUGAUGUCCACAGUAUAGAAACGCCGGGAGAACUUUGUAGCGUUGACAUUGUGGUCGAUGAUGGCAACAUCGAACUGCUAACUGAACUUUGUGGCGCCACCCCGGUGGGUGAAGCGGGCACUAUUGAACUGCUCAUUGAAGUUGGUGGCGAUGACAUUGUGGCUGACGAAGGCGUGAUUGAACUACUCGCUGAACUCUGGAGUGGCGACAUCGUGGUUUGA